AUGCCCGUUUUACGAGAGCUCCAGGUGCUGCAUUCUGGUGGUUUUUUGCCCAAGAUUUUUUUGGCUGCCGACGCCACGUUUGACAUCGAGAUUGACAGCUGGAAAUACACGUGCUUGACAUGCGCAGUUCACCGACGAUUGUCUGGCCGAUGGCGCAAGUCGGGCUUGCCAGUCGCUCUGUGUCGCCACCCAAAAGAAAGGCCGGAAACAUACAGAUUGUCUCUGGAAGCAGUCCAUGCUGAGAUGCAGAAGCUCGGACUUCCGCCGGCUAGCCAGUGGCACACCGACUGGGCUCCAGGCCUCGGUGCAGCUGGCAGGUCGGUGCUGCCAAGCAUCGUGCAUGUUCCUGGUAUGGAACAUAUGAUACGCAAUUUGAACAAGAAGUCACUCAAGACUGAAAAUGGCAUAAGGCAAGCGGUGCCACGGUUGACCGCCAGACCCCUCAGCGUGGUGUCCAAAUACCUUUAUGUCAUAGCAGGACUGCCUACCUUGUCUUUGCACGUCGUCGCCCUCCAAGUCUUUUUGGAACGGGUUCGUGUUGGCUGGCAAGAAGCGACCUGGGAACAGUAUUUCAGAAAGCAAUAUACUUACGUGGCGCGAUUCGUCAAAGCCGACUACGGUCUGGAGCAAGCUACUGUUGGCCGAUGGUGGUUUGGAAUGUCAAGCCCUCUGUGCCACGGGCAUUGCAGCUCGCAACAGCAGGCUGAACAAUCGCACAAGCACCUCAAGCGGAGCUUGUGCGAUGCUAAAGAUCGUACCGUGAAGGAGGUGCUUUCGACCUUGGUCGAAGCUGUGGACCUCUGGACAGACAGGUCCGAUGAAGAAAACAGCUUCCAUCUCUUCACGUCUCCGGGCAACACAGCUUCUUUUCCCACAUGCCCAGAUGACUGGAUGGUGGACAGGAUGCCUAAGAUGUUCCGGGUUCGUGCAGCUGGGCUGGGCGUCAAAAUGCUUCCAUGCAUCCAAAGGCUCGUGGAGGAUGCGAAACGCAUGCCAUGCAUCGCUGAGCGACACAAGGGCCGCACACGUGCUUUCUUUAUGAAGACUGGCACUCCGGCAGCUUUGCCCGACGCCACCGUGGAGCGGUGUUGGCAGCAAUUGCAGACAAAAAACCUUCAGGAGCUGCACGCUUUGCUGACGCAGCAUGGUCUGGUCAAAGAAAUGGCGGAUGGCAACAAGAAGAUGGUCUACGAGGCAUUCUGUGAGAGCUGGGUGGAGCACUGCUGUGUUAUUCACGAGCAGCACAGGUCCAGGUCCACCCAGGUCGGCGAUGUCCAAUGUUCCUGUUGGCAUUAUCGCCGAAGGGGACACUGCCCUCAUGCUUACUUCGUCCUGCAGAGUCGCUUGGGUUUUAAGUCCUGGGUCCCGGAAGUGCUGCCCUCUGCGAAAGCUGCUCCUGAUGCUUUGGACAUGCAGUCUGGUGGCUCCAGCGUGGAAGCUUCGAAGCCUGGCAGGAGUCGCAAGCGCAAGCGGCCAGAUUAUAGACCUGUGCCGUUGCCGUGUCCUGAUGUCGCAGUCGGCGAGGCUGCCCGACCUGUGACGAAGCCUCGCAUAUUGCAGCCGCAGCGAGCUGCAAAGACAAGGUUUUCCCGCUAG